AUGUCACCAGCGAAUAGCCAUUACGCCCUUCUCAUUUGGCUCAUAGCGCUCUUUUCACUCGUCGACCCAGCGUUCUUACCCCUCAGGGUUCCCUCGAACUACUCUGGUGAAGCCCAGAAGUUGGCAGACCCGGAAUACGGCCCCAUUCCAGGCCAGUCGGACCUCUACAGCAGCUACUGGGGUACCGAGAGACCUUUCCCUGGCAACAUCAGGGAUCCUAUCUUCCCAACGGAGGAUGGCCCACCCGGUGAAGACGACUUCGUGUGGCAAAACCUCCUGGCAGCCGAAUGGAUUAUCUUCGACUUUUAUCAGCAAGGCAUCGAGCGCUUCACUGACGACGACUUCAAGAGAAUAGGCAUGCCCAACAACACGCGCCGUCGUCUGCUGGAGAUUCGCAACAACGAGGCUGGCCAUCUCCGCAUCUUCCAAAACCAAAUAUCGCCGACAUCGAUUAAGCCAGGGCCCUGCGAGUACAUCUUUCCGCUCACGGACCCCUUGUCCUAUCUCACUUUCAUGACCGUGAUCGAGAUAUCAAGCAUGGCAUUCCUGACUGGACUCGUUCAAAUGGCCGACAACGAGUGGAAUCAGGGCUUGAUUGCGGGCAUCUCACAGACCGAAGCUCGGCAUGAGGCUUGGAUUCUGAUCGAUAUCUGGAAGACGAACCCUUUUGCUGGGCCAGCGGAAACCGUAUUUCCGUACGCCAACCAGAUCCUCUACAGCACCCAUGGUCUCGUGGUCCCGGGCAGUUGCCCGCCAGAAAACCCCGAGUAUCCUUAUCCCCUCCAGCGUCUGCCCGCCCUGUUCGCGACCCCCGACACAAAGAGCCUUGCGCCCGGCGCAACCAUCACCCUGGCCUUCACCGACGAGGACAACCAGCCCGUGUUUGACCCCGACACUCAGUACUAUGCCGUCUUUACCCACAGCGUCAACAACAUCAGCGUCCCCAUCGAUACCGAGGGCUUUCCAGAGCGCCCGAUCACGGUCACCAUCCCGGCCGCCUUUGAAACCAACGGCGUCAUUGUUGCUCUAAUUGCAGAUCAACUUGGCGCACCCGUCAUGGAGUCUGUCGUGGCCGGACCUGCGGUCAUCUUGGAACAGCCGGUGGAGUUGGGGCCUGCCCUGGUGCGGGGAGCGGCAAACUGA